AGGUCAGUGGCUUCUGCAGGUCCUCGGCUCUCCCAACAAUGUCUCCCUUACAGAGGAGGGAAGAACUGGCUCUUCAGCAAGUCCCUCUGGAGGCUCUUCAAAACACCGUUACCAUGGACACAAACUUGACCGGGAGAGGAGUGAGUGGUGCGUUUGUGUGUACACACUGUAUGCGAAGAAACCGAGAGGGAGAGUGGGUGAAGACAGGACUGUGUGUGAGAGAGAGAGAGAGCGAGAGAGGGGGAGUGCAGGUGCAGUCUGCAUGUGUGUUUAAGUGUAAAUUUAAAAGCAGGGGAAAAAAAUAAUCCGCUAAAGUUUGGUGCGUAAUUCCUGUUUUUAAUGAAGAGCUCCAAAACUUGAAGCGCAAAUAUAAGCGCAUGGUGUUGUCAGUGACUUCUCCCGUGCCUGAAGCCGGGCGUGAUUGACUGCCAGCAAUCUGAUCCAGUGAAAGGCAUUGACAACCAAUAGGAAGCGGAGUGCGGCUUGUUUCCAUGGGAGGCCCCGGGAGGCGAUGCCAAGCGGCUAGAAAGCAACACAGUGAGCGGGGUGAAGCGCAGGCUGCAGCCGCUACUGUGGAGAUCCUGCAGCCGCUCUGUGGCACUCUGCACACGGAUGAAGUCGCUGGGGUGACGGGACGGGACAGAUUGCAGCUUGCUCGCCAAUUGCAGCCACCACAGUGCAGAAUGGAUGGAUUUCACGACCAGCAAGUGCCUUACUGUAACUCCAAAAAGCUGCAAGAAAAGGCAACGAGCUGCGAGAGGCCAGCAAAUGACAGAAAGAGAAAAUUCAUUAAGUCCGACCUGGCUCUGGACACUGAAGAGCUCUUCCAGGACCUCAGUCAGCUGCAGGAGACUUGGCUUGCAGAAGCUCAAGUUCCCGACAAUGACGAGCAGUUUGUUCCAGACUUCCAGACUGAAAACUUGGCUUUCCACGGACUGCAGCUGAAGAUCAAGAGGGAGCUGCACAGCCCGUGUUCAGAGCAGAGCUCCAACUGUAGUCAGGAGCGGCCCUUCAAACUCCAGUAUGGGGAGAAGUGUCCGUACAGCAUCAGUGCCUAUGAGCAGAAGCAGCCCACAGGAAUGAAGCCCUCCAGCCCAGUGACGCCCCCCUGUAGCACCCCUGUGUCCCCCCUUCAUCAUGGCUCACCCACAGCAGCCCCGACACCUAAACCAGACAGGACCUACGCCCACAUACCGCCCUCGCAGCCUCUCCCUGACAACGCCUACUCUAUGGACCACAGAUUUCGACGUCAGCUCUCGGAGCCUUGCCACUCGUUUCCCUCUCCACCGACGAUGGCUCGGGACGGCCGGCCCAUCUACCACAGGCAGAUGUCUGAGCCUAAUCCCUUCCCUCCUCAAGGCUUCAAGCAGGAGUACCCCGACCCCCUCUUCGAACACCCGGCCAUAAUGGGAGCGCCGCUUCCCCACGCUUAUCCCGCCGGCAUGAUGAUCAAGCAGGAGCCAAGGGACUUCACCUACGACUCAGGUGAGAGAUCCUGCCAUUCUGUCUACUUACGGCAAGACGGCUAUCUGGCUCACACUAACAGGACUGAAGGUACCAGCGAUGAUACGUUGGCGAGACACUUCUACGACGACUGCGUGGUGCCAGAAAAGGUCGAAGGCGACAUCAAGCAGGAGUCAGGCCUGUACCGUGAGGGCCCAUCAUACCAGCGCAGAGGUUCGCUGCAGCUUUGGCAGUUCCUCGUGGCUCUACUGGACGACGUCCACUCUCACUUCAUCGCCUGGACCGGUCGUGGCAUGGAGGUCAAACUCAUCGAGCCAGAGGAGGUGGCACGUCGGUGGGGUAUUCAGAAGAAUCGACCGGCGAUGAAUUACGACAAACUCAGCAGAUCGUUGCGCUACUACUAUGAGAAGGGAAUCAUGCAAAAGGUGGCCGGGGAGAGAUACGUGUAUAAGUUUGUGUGCGACCCUGAGGCCUUGUUCUCCAUGGCUUUUCCUGACAAUCAGCGGCCGGUGCUGAAGACGGACAUGGAGCGGCAGAUCAACGAGGAGGACACGGUGCCACUGUCGCACUUUGACGAGAACAUGGCCUACGUACAGGACGGGCCUUACUGCCAGCCGCACCCCUACAGCGAGGGCUACGUUUAUUAACGUCAGCCCCCACAAACACACACACUCCAACACCUCCACGCUGCCCUCCUUCCUGCCCCCCACCCCCUCCAGACGCCUGAGACUCUCAUGUCCUCUAAUUCACAGUCGCUCCGGGAAUAAGACUGAACACACACAUGCAGCGGAGCUCCCCUUACCUCUCCCGCCUCGUAUAGACACACACUCACACAUCCUCCUUUUUUGCUCUCGUCUUUCUGGCAUCCAAGCCGCACAGCAGAAUGGAGAGUGCACUUUAUGGACAGGAACGACGCGGUGAUAACCUGCCAGGGGCUAGCUAUGUGGUUGGCUUUUGACCGUUGUUUAUGUUUGUACAUUAAUGUGGGAAUCAUUAUGUUAUUUUUUUUUUAAUUUUUUUUUAUGAUUUUGAGCAUGUGCCCGCCUUGUGAGACUGGACUCAGCGGCUAAUUCACGGUCACCCCGAGGUGAAAUUCCUAAACUUUGAUCUCCUGCAAAAGAAACAGUCUACACAGCAAAUGGAAGGAUGACCCUUUUUAUUUGUUCGACUGUCGUUUAGUUUGUCCCCAACCAUCCUGUACUGGAAACGUGUUGUACCGAUACUUUUAUGGUGAAGUGACAUGAAUAUAGACUUGAAAAAGUAAUGUGAUAAAAAAAGAAACCUUUAGCUAUCAGUAAGAACUGCCUCGCCACCAGUCUGAACACAGCACCUCUGUCUGUCGAUGAUCCCUGCCACCCCUCGUCCAAUCAAACUUUAGAUCUCAUCACGUAGGUGUUCUUGCUGUAACAACAUAAACUGCACUGGAUCGUCCCCUCGACAGCUAAAAACACAUGGUGGUUCGGGAAACAUGAGACUGCGGCACACAAGGAUGCACCGAGGAGACGGAUGGAUGGAUGGAGAAUACUUUUUUUCUGCAUCACAAGUGACCGACCUGUGUUUAGGAUAAUCGAUAAAGCUUCAGGCUGCUGUAAAAUAACUCAUUCACUGUAAACAGCAGUUUCCUUUGUAUUCUGAAAUGCAUCAGAGCAGUAGCCAUUCAUUUUGUCAUUCAGGUGUUCAGUUUUUCGAUGAACAGAUGAAGUGUAUGUACAGAUCAAGUGAAAACAGCAGUUCAUUCACGUUCAGGAUAACGUUUGCAUCCCCAGAAUAAAAAUAAAAAAUAAAAAAAUACAGUUGAUUUCAUUGGCAUAGACAAUAAAAAGCAGAAAAAAAAAUUAAAAAACUAAAUUUUCCUUCAUUUUUUUGUUUUGUUUGUUCCAGGCAAACAUAAGGUGUAUAUUUUGCUUAAAAACUGUUGCUUUGCCAUUAAUAGGUUGCUUUUAGAUAUAAGAAUUAUUUAGAGGUUUAUAAUGUGAUUAAUAAAAAACUCAUAAUGUUUCAUUGUAUAAUCAGGUAAAUGCACAUUUUGUUGCUGCUUCAAAUUCUAAGUGUAUUUUCUAGUCUUAAAAUUACAAGAAAGAAAAGAAGUGUGGCAGCUAUGGCCCGCUAUUCUAUUCUAUUUCUCUUUUUUGAAUUUUCACUUUGUUUUUUUAUUAUUUUUGUUUAAUUUAAGCAUUAAAAAAGAAUCUGAUCUGUCUCAGUUUUGUUCUCGAGGUUCAAGUGUAUGGGAUGGGAUUGGCAAUAGGAAAAAUUCUGUAAUAAAAUAGCUCUGAAAAACAAA